AUGCCCAUCUUCCAGGACGACAUCUGCCAUGUAUCGCCGGCCUCCAGCCCCGGCGGCAUCGAGCCGGCGGCCGCGAGGAAUCGUCGCCUUUCCGAGGAGAGCCUUCGAACCGAGCUCUGCGAAGGACCGGUCCCCGAUAGCCCCAUGCAUCUCUCGACGCCAAAGGCAGACGAGGAGGCCGGCAUCUCAGACAGGGCCGAGCUGAUACAGAGGCUGAAACGAGGAGAGAGCCCGACUUGGAUCCCCGGCAAGCAUCUUGAGUCGAUCCUUCAGCAAGAAAACACCCACAACGCGCAAGAACAAGGCCGAGCCUCGCCCGAAUCGCCCAAUCUCUUACCACCAGCGACCAUCACACCCGAGAAGCUCAAGUCACCGGCGAAUGUCGAUGCGAGACUGCGAGAUGGACUUGACAUCGAGCGGCCGAGGUCAGCCUUCCACAGCGGCGACUUUACGAGCGACGGAACGGCACCUGAGAACAGGCAACACAACGGCCCAGGCAGGGACGCCCGCGAAGAGCGAGGGCCGUCUGAGCAUGGUUGGUUCACGACAUCGCCGCCAAGGCACUUUACGCCAUUUUCGUACGGCGGAAGGGCCCAUGGUGGGAGGGCACGACUGAUGGAACACGACGGCGUGGAUGGCUUCAAGUCGGACGGCUCGCCCCUGUCGACGUCGCUAUCGAGUUUCGUCUACCAACCCCCGACCAGCCCCCUCGCCCAGUCCGAGUCGAACGAAGACGUCGAUUUCUCCACGCCCCCCGGGUUUGCCUCGGCCAGACACAAGCCAGGACGGCUGACCUCGAGCCUUUCUGCGUCUUCGCUCGUCUCCUCUUCCGCGAGGACACGGCUGCACAGCCUACACUCGUCACGACGAGAGGGUGCCUUGCCGUAUCAGGCACACCAGCCUCGGCGCUCGUUAACUUCGGCGCCCAGUUUUGGGCACAACCACCACACCGUUUCCUCUCCUCAGACACCGGCCUUUAUGCGGUCACGCCGCCAAUCGUUUGGCUCAGACACGUCGCCGAUCCAGCACGCUUCCAUGGUUGGUUCAUACGAAGAGAGUAUCCUGCGGGGACGCAUGUCAACAACGCCAUCGAAGCCUUUUGAGUUCCUUGCCCAGAUCGGCGUGCUGGGCAAGGGCAACUGCAAGCCCAGCCUCCGAUGCCCGCGACAUGUGACACUCCCCUUUCCGGCUGUCUACUACAGCUACGGGAGUGCUUCUCAUGGUCGAUCGCCGUCUGACGAUGGCCCAAGCCCGUACGUUGGCCAGAUUGAUCUGGAAAACGGGCUGUCGAAUCAGGAAGAAGACUCAAGGUCGCGAAGAAAGGCUCAGAGUCGGUACAGCGACAUGAAGCAGCAGGCCGGUGGCGAGGCAGCCGGGCAAGAAGCAGACACGGAUGCGGAUCGAGAAGGACGCAGACCCAGCAGGCUCAAGCGCCCGUCGGGUGCGCCGAGGGCACCCCCAGGAGGAAGCUAUAGGAUCCCGGAAACCGGGCAGAUUCAGAUCGUCAUCAAGAACCCAAACAAAACGGCAGUCAAGCUCUUCCUCGUGCCCUACGACUUGACCGGCAUGAUGCCAGGAACCAAGACCUUUAUCCGGCAGCGAAGUUACUCUGCGGGCCCGAUUAUCGACAACGUGCCGAACAUGUCUCAAGCGGACGCCGAUCGUCCCAUUCUCCGAUAUCUCGUCCACUUGCACAUUUGCUGUCCUGCCAAGGGGCGCUUCUACCUGUACAAGAGCAUCCGAGUCGUGUUUGCAAACAGGGUGCCGGACGGGAAAGAAAAGCUGCGCAACGAAACCACUUGGCCGGAGCCGCGCUUUUCCCCCUACAAGGCGAUCCGGGUGAUGAAUCCUCCGCUUUCGACGUCUGGCGGUGCGGGGGCCAUGUUGGCCAACGAAAAGGCCCUACGACGACGCAGCCUGGGCGUCUUUAUGAGCGGCAACAUGUCCACCUUUGAUGGGAUGGACGGCACCCCGUCUCCAGACCGGAUGCUGAUGGCGGCUCCAUCUCCCAGCCCUGGCCGCGGCGGCGUCAUUCCUGUUGAGAUGAUUCCACUGCGUCUCCCGCAGUCGAUAGCCGCUGAGAACAAGGACGGCGGUUCGUCUUCCCAGGCCAACACUGGUCCGUCUACAGUCGACUCGAGGUCUGGCGGCACGUGGGGCCCAUCACAAUACGAAAAGCUCAACAGGGGCGAUGCUGGCUAUGGGGGCAACGCCUUCGGCCGCUCAGGUGCCGCCAGCCCCCCUGGGACUGCUCCCGAGAGCCUGCUCUCUCAGCGUCUGCGCAGCCUGGGCGUGAAGCCUCAGCAGACGCCUGAGUGA